GCCUAUCAGUGAUCACGCUAUAUAGUACUGCUACCGCCCCUCAUGCCAUUUGCUACAGUGGGAUCAAGCUUGCAGCUCACUACAGAUGAAACAAAAGCACUGAAGUCUCUGCCAGCGGCAACACAAAUCACUGCGAAAAAAGCUCUACAGGGAUCUAUCACAGAUCUCGCAAGGCUGGUUGAGUUUAUGACUCUUUCGAUCACCAGAUCUUCCCCUUCCCGUUUUUGUUGCUUGGUGCCCAUCUUUCACGCGACGCUCAAUUCAGUUCAAGUACCAAAAUACAUCAAUCCCAAGACUAUUCCUGCCAUCAUACGCGCGAAGUGGGCUCUCUUGGGAUUGGUGACGGUCAGCACGCUUGCCACCUCUUCACCUUCUGAUGGCAGGGACGACGCCGUGACAAAGUAUAUUGUGAGGAAGUGGGACGAAACGUACCCGUGGAUGUGGUUCUUCGCUCAAAAUUGCCUCCCUCCUCCUUAUGAUGUCUCAGUUACUCCUCCACGCCCCGAUCUUUGCAGUGUGUCCGAUGCUGUAAAAUUGACCAUUAGUCCGCUCUCAUUGAUCUGCACCAAAUCGGAAGAAGGGCGUCACUUGCUCCGUUCUUCUGUUUCUGUUCAGCACUUCGUCGCGCAGUUAUGGAUAUUAGUAGGGAACCUUAAAGGAGAGGUACUCCAAGGCGACCCUGGAACUACCACAGAUGCCCUCGUUUCUAAGCUCCGAGCGUCUUUUGCGCUAACAAACUAUGUGUGCGUAUCUGAAUCUGAACAUCCAGACAAAAUCACCCUUCCUUUAUCGAACUUUAUACAUGCUGCCGGAGGGGUGAAGCCCGUUGUCUUCACCCUUCUCAGAUACAUCCGUCGGAUUACCAGAGAUGCUGCUGCUGUAGAAGAACCUCGAUUGUGGAUGGUUUCCGAUCCGAGCGUCAAGCAACUUCAUCUCUACACUGUUGGUCUCAAUUAUUCAUUCCAGUUUCUCCAGACUAUCAGUAGCCAAGAUCCCUUCAUGCCGCGAACAGCUUAUCCGCCAAGGUUCGAUUCGCACAGUAGUGGAUGCAAUCACUCAGAUCUUGCCGAGGAUCUUGGUGCAAGCAAAUGAGGAAUUGGAUCUUCAUCCACAGCUGGGACUCGCGGGUAGACAGAAAGUUCUGUGGUCGGGGUACUCGUACAUUGCAUCCGCUAUUCGCGAUGCAGAUGACGGAGUAACAUGUGUAUGCCAGGCAAUCGAUGCUGGCCUGAUUCAAACGUUGGAGAAGGGUGUUAUUUGCCCAUUUCACGCCUACCGUCGUGAUCGCCCCGUCCGUGGCCGCAUGGGUGACAUAGA